GGAGGUUUACAGUCGAAACAAAAUAGGCUACAACGGGCAAAUAAACCUAGCAACGCUGGUUCUCUUCGGGUUCUGGCUGUCCUGUUGUAUCUCCCACGGGCGACUGCUUGGGCUAAAUGCAGGAGAAUGAUUGGCUCCAAAUGUAUCUGCAGCGCGUUGUCUAAUACCUCAGCAUGUUUUAAUUAAAGCAUGCCUAUUACUGCUUUGCAUGACCAUCUUCUUGCAGAAUCCCUGGCCCUGAGCUUUGACAGCAUCCAAUUAAGUUAUGACUGUAAUUAAAUUCUCCAGUCUGAUUAGUUAAACACCUGUACAGCAGAUUUUAAAAAGGGAGUUAUGUGAAGCAGAGGCAUUUGGGAUGUCUGGGAUUACUCUUCGCUUGCAUGCCAUAUGGUUGUAAGUGCUGGAAACUGUCUGAUGGCUCUCGGGUGAAUGGCUUAAAGGCAGGGACUGUUUUCCUUCGUUUGUAGAGCAUGUGGUAGCACUGUAGGCAACACAAUAUAAAUACCUGAUUUAUGGAUUAAAGCACCGUUGCCAUUCCUGACUUCGGUGUUGGAAGCAAUGGAGAACUAUAAAAAGAGCAAGAUUGUGGAGAAGCCCUGUCCUCUGCCUUUCUCCAACCUGCCCUCAGACAUUAUCGAGAUGAAGGUGAAGGACGGCAGCAAGAUCAGAAACCUGAUGGGCUACGCCAUCGGCAAGAUGGAGGCGGACGCCGUCAGGCAGAUCCUUUUCACUGGCUCGGGCAAAGCUGUCGGCAAGACCAUCACCUGCGUGGAAAUCAUGAAGCGGAGGCUCAAGGAACUCCACCAGGUCACCAAAGUGCUCUUCAGACAGAUUGAAGAGAUUUGGGAGCCCAUCGUGCCCGAGGCGGGCCUCGACACCUUGACAGUGAAGAGGAACAUCCCUGCCAUAUGCAUCUUGCUGAGCAAAGAUGCGCUCGAUCCCCAAGAGCCUGGUUAUCAGGCUCCAGGCUCUUUCGAGGCCUUCUGGAUUGAGACGCUCGCGGCAGAAUCCCAGGGCCAAAUGAAGAGGAAGCAGGGGGCGGGCAGGGGGACUGGCAGCACCGGAAAGCACCCCAGAUCUGUUGGCGAGCGUGGGGAGUCCUGCAAAAAGCCCUGAAGCAAAGACGUUCACAGAAGCAACUGACGGGAUGAGAAAACACACCGGCUCCUCGGACACUAACACUCAGCACGUGAUGCCAAGGUCGUUGAUGCAACAGGGCUGGAACGUAGGUCAGCUGAGGGAGGGAAGGAAAUGGGGUGUGAAAACCAAUCCGGUCAAGCUGUUGCAAAUACAGACUGCUCUCAAAGCUAGUCUGACAUUCGCUUGGAAGAUUUAGGAUGCAGUGCCCAGUACUAGUGCACCUUCCGUCCUUGCUGGAGGUGGAUGGUGGCAGGUGCUGUGUGUUUGCACUCCGAGCUGUGUUUUACGUGGUAUUUUCAGCUGCCCCCAGUCAGCGAUUGCAGUGCAGUUUUAUCGGGUGGGACCAACCAGCAGCCUUUGCGGCCGUAGGUCCCUCUUCAGGGUAUGUUGUGUUCAUCCUUUGGAGACAGGCAAGUGCUCUGAACGGAGGACUGGGGUCUCUCUCGGUUCUGCCAGCGAUGCCCUGUGACCUUGGACUGCUCUCCUCCCCUCCGUGACUCGGUUUCCUCAUCUGUGCAAUGGGGAUGUUUACAUGCGUUUCAUGGGGAGUCAAGGGCUGGUUCAUGCAGAGGUUAUCUCAGUAUUACACUGCUUGUUGUAACUGCUAAUGGCAAACUCCAAAGCCAAAAGCUGGUUUCCUUUACUGCUGUUUUACCUUCAGUAUUGAACAGAAAGUUGCCUCUUUAUUUAACAUUAAAAAAAUCUUUAGUUGUU